UCUAAUUGUUGUGUGUAUUGUGCGUAUUAUGUUCGAAAAAAUUGUCGAAACUAAAAAAAGUGAAAUUGAAUUAAGAGAACUUUUACAAUUUCAUGGUUUUAUUUUUUUUUAAACAGUAUUAUAGAUUUUUUGUUUACGAUGUCUACUUAUUUCUUUUAUACACUGUUUUAUUGUUUAAUAUCUGGUUGUAUUAUUUAUCCGCCAGUGGAAUUUGUUUCUACUGGUUUAACGAUAAAGACUAUAUUUGCAAACUGGUUGGGUAGUGAAACUGAAUCAUUUAUAAAUUAUCACAUUAGAAGAAGUGUAAUUACGUUAUUCAUACAUUCUUUAUUGCCAUUUGGCUAUAUUUUAGGUUUGAUAUUAUUUGGUCAUGUUGAUGCAGGAAAUAUACAAUUGUUUUAUCAAAGCCCUCUAUGGUCAAUUCUUGUUAUUGUUACGAUAGCAGGACCAGCAUAUAUUUUAUAUACAAUUCUUAAAUGGUCAGAAAAAAAUUGGAAGAUGCAUCCAAUAGUACAAAAUCUUUCAAUUUAUUGUGAUGAUAAUACUAAUUGGAUGUCUGUUGCGUCCGAGAUUGAUACAGAAUAUAGAAGAAUAGAUAAAAUUUUAAUUGAUACAAGUAGUGUAACUAGAGUCAUUGUAACAGAUAAUUGGAUAGUUAAAAUAACUUCUUAUAAGCUGUUUAUUGCACGGCAAAGUGAAACUGCUUUAAUAAUAAGCAAAAGUGAUACUCAUGCCAUGUCUCAUACAGCUAGGGGUGAAGUCCAGUUUAUUAAUAUUGAGGUCAAACCUACUAGGAUAGGAGCAGAAGCGUUUGAUAUAAGAAUAAGUACAUUUACUUUCAAGGAUUUGCAAGACAAAGUACAACAACCAAUAGUCAUUUUACAAGAUGUUACUUUUCAUAAAACACUAUUAGAUAGAUUUAUUGAUGUCUUCAAAGAACAAGCAUUAGAAAAUCCUUUUUAUGAAACUGCACAGGAAUUAGAGAAUUGUAUUGGAUGUAUGCAAGUACGAUCUAAUGUAAAGUUAAAUAAAUGUUGUGGAAAUAUUACUGAAAGACCAAAUUCUGAUGAAUGUACAAUUUGUCAUUGUCGACCGAUGUGGUGUAUUGAAUGUAUGGCAAAAUGGUUUGCAUCAAGACAAGAUGAGAAUACACCAGAAAUAUGGUUAUCUUCUAAAUGUACUUGUCCUGUGUGCAGAGCAAAAUUUUGUCUUUUAGAUGUAUGUCCUGUACAAACUGUAAAUCAGUAACAUAUGGAGUAUAAUCAUACUAAUAUAUGUUAAUAUAUUAGAUCAAUACUAAAUUCUUUCUACACAGAUAUAUUUUUAAAAAUAUUAAAUUAAAAAUUUAUAAUUUUUUAUAUGAUAGAAAUAUAUUUCUCUCUUAUAAAUAAGAACGUAAAUAAUAGCAACAUGUAUAUAUGCAAUUUUGGAUUUUCAGAUUAGAAGAAUACAAAUUAAUAAAACUAUUUGUGUAACAACUCAUAUUUUAAAUGAAGAUAUGUUAUUAUGUGA